AUCCGCAUAGCUUUUUAAAAAAAAAAAUUUUAAAGACAGACUCUCUCUCUGACCUUGAACUUGUGACCUUCCUGCCCCUAGAGUACUUGAGAUGAUAAGCAUGGACUUGUGUUUUUAAGUCCCAGGUAAUUCUCAUGUAAGUCAUUACAUAGCUAAAAUUGUUGAGGCUCUGAUUUUUUUUUUCAAACUCUGCUUAAUAAGUCAAGUCUGUGAACUCUGAUUUUCCUAUAGUCCCCCCUCCCCCCCGCCCUUGGGUAUUGGUGAACAGUGGAUGGAUGGUAGACCACUAUUUUCACUCUUCCGAUGUUUUAAAGGACACACGCUGAUACUAAAACUGAAGUAUCAGAGGCACUUGUAUGCUUACGUGUGAAGACCAGCUACAGUUCCUGGUUCAGAGCUGAGGAAUCAGCAUGAGUCACCUGCAGAACUUACUGUUAGAUACCCUACUGGGGACGAAGCAUGUGGACGGUGCAGCCCUCAUCAAACUCCAUGAAAGGAGCCUAUGUGUGGCAUCACCCGGAUUUAGUGUAAUGCCAAAUGAUGUUCGAACACUUGUGAAUGGAUUUGCCAAAAACCCACUGAUAACCCGAAGGGAAGGGCUUUAUUUCAGGGAGAAGGAUUACAAAUGUGUCCGGGCAGAUGACUAUUCUCUUUAUGCUAAGAAUGAGAACACUGGUGUGAUUGUUGUGAAGACACAUCUGUAUCUUCUGGUAGCCACUUACACUGCAGGCAUGUAUCCUAGUGUCUGUGUGGAAGCCACAGAGAAGUUGGGAGAGUAUCUAAGAAAAAAAGGAAAUUAAUUCAUCAGCCAACUAGAGAAGACAACUUUAUUAUUUUGAAAGAAAAUACAGAUCAUUAAGAAAAAGUAUUUUGUGAUUGGAAAACAGAGUGGAAGAUUAAGACUAAGAGAAGACUUUUCCUUAUUUCAAGAAGUCAUCAUCUAUAACUUGAAGGACAUUAAAACAAAGACUGAGCUAAGGGAAGAUUUUUUCUUAUUUCAAGAAGUCAUCAUUUAUAACUGGAAGGAUUUGACCAGCUCUUUUCUUUAAGCAUUGAUCACUAACUUGAAACCUGAGUGCAUUAAUGGUUUUUCACAGGACAGGUCUGUUGGGAGUCUCAGCUCCAAGUCCCCAUACAUCUUGCCAGAUAUUCCAAGAAUAUAGGCCCUAACCACACUGAAGUUAGAGGACAGCUGUGGGAGACAUCCUCUUCCACUAUGUGGGUAGUGAGAAUGGAACUCGGGUCAUAUGGGCUGGUGGCAAAUAAGCCCACUGAACCGUCUCACCAGUGACACUAACCACUCUACACCUAGGCCAUGUCAGGGUCAUGCCAUCUUUAAAAAUUAAAGUAAUUCUCUCUGGGGAAAAUUUAAAAACUCACUAAGUGCUUUCCAUCAAAGAAGUAGAGUUCCUGAGUUCAGUGCCCCUUUAUUAAAAUAUAGAUGACA